CUGACCUCUGGGAGGGAAGUUAGCCUCGCUGUCGCUCCAGCUCCUCGGGGGCGGCGGCUCCUCAGGCUCCCGCUUGUAGGGAGUCUGCAUCAUGGGAGACGAGAUGGAUGCGCUAAUCCCCGAACGGGAGAUGAAGGAUUUUCAGUUUAAGGCACUGAAGAAGGUUCGAGUCUUUGAAGCUCCUGAAGAGCUGUCCAAAGAGCGCUGCAGUAUGCUUACUGUGUCGAAUAGAUAUGGUCUAGUGUUUGCCGCAGGAGCCACUGGGUUUCGAGUUUUUCCUACCAAAAAUCUUCUUAUUCAGAAUCGACCUGGGGAGGAUCCCAAUAAAAUUGUUGAGAAAGUUCCAAAUGUAUUUAUCCCUAUGAAAUUCCCAGUAUACCACUUGUCUUUGAGCUGUGAUAAUCUGACACUCUCUGUUUGUAUGACGUCCAGUGAAUUUGGCCUCAUUGCCUUUUUUGAUGUUCGCACACUCUCAAAUGAGGCUAAACAGCAGAAACGCCCAUUUGCUUAUCACAAACUGAUGAGAGAUGCUGGUGGCGUGGUCGUUGAUAUGAAGUGGAACCCUACCAUCCCCACCAUGGCGGCAGUUUGCUUGGCUGAUGGGAGUAUCGCAGUUCUGCAAGUCACAGAUGUAGUGAAAGUGUCUGCAAGCCUUCCACCAUCUGUAGCAGUAACAUCUGUGUGUUGGAGUCCUAAAGGGAAGCAGCUUGCUGUAGGAAAACAUAAUGGAACUGUCAUCCAGUAUCUCCCUACAUUGCAGGAGAAAAAAAUAAUUCCUUGCCCUCCAUUUUAUGAAGCAGAUCAUCCUGUAAGAGUUCUCGAUGUGCUGUGGAUUGGUACAUAUGUCUUCUCAAUAGUGUAUGCAGCAGCAGAUGGGACCUUGGAAACUUCCCCAGAUGUGGUGAUGACUGUACUACCUAAAAAAGAAGACAAGCACCCAGAGAUAUUUGUGAAUUUCAUGGAGCCUUGCUAUGGCAGCUGCACUGAAAGACAGCAUCAUUACUAUCUCAAUUAUAUUGAAGAAUGGGACCUAGUGCUGGCAGCCUCUGCAGCCUCGACAGAAGUUAGCAUCCUUGCCCGACAAAAUGAUCAGACUAGCUGGGAAUCCUGGCUUCUGGAAGACUCCAGCCGAGCAGAACUGCCUGUUACUGAUAAAAGUGAUGAUUCCUUGCCUGUGGGUGUUGCUAUCGAUUAUACCAGCCAAGUAGAAAUACCUAUCAAUGAUGAAAAGACCCUUCCUCCUGCUCCAGUUCUGAUGUUGCUUUCAACAGAUGGUGUACUCUGUCCAUUUUAUAUGAUCAAUCAAAAUCCUGGUCUUCGGUCUCUGAUCAAGACCCCAGAACAACUUACUCUAGAAGGAGAACGACAACCCAAAUCAUCAGGAAGUACUCCAACAACCCCAACUUCCACUCAGGCCCCUCUGAAGCUUGAAGCAUCACCAGCUCAAGCUUCAACUCCGGUUCUGGUUCCGGCUUCGGCUCCUGGUUCUGCCCCACCCUUAUCCCUUGCCACAUCAACUACCACUUUCAUUCUGCCUACAGUCAGUCUCCCUGCUGCCACCUUCCCAUUUGGCUCUCCAUCCUUGAAAUCAUCCAGUUUGAUGUCAGGAGAUCCCCCUCCUUAUCCCUUUUCCUCAGACAGCUCCAAACCAGCUCUAAGCUCCGCUGUAACUAGCACGCCAGCCUUUUCUUUUACACCACCUUCUAAAGCCCCGCUGGCCUCAGCCCCCUCCCUAGCCCCAGUGACUACCUCUGCAUCUUCCUUCUAUUUUGGAUCUCCUGCUUUUAAGCCUGCGGUGGAAAAUACUCCAGUGGCUAGCAUGUCUAAUCCACACAUGGGGGCAAAGACAUCUUUCCCACCUACGUCCUCUGCAGCUAAAGUAAAUCUGAAUGAAAAAUUUCCUGCUGGGGAGUCAUCUACUCCUGUCAGCACUUCCCAGAGCAGCUCCUCAAUGCUAUCAUUUUCCUCAGCCUCCAAAUCAGCUUCUGCCGGCCCUGUCAGUCAGUCCACACCUCUCUCAUCUUCAUCUAGCUCAGUAUCAGCAAAGUCGUCGGUAUCUCCCUCUGUUUCAGGACGCUCUUCCCAGAGCAGUCCAGUAUCUUCAAUGGUGCAGAAAUCAGCCAGGAUCACUGCUCCAGUGGCAAAGUCAAGUACUACUCAGGCCAAAUCACCACAGCCUGCCGUAAUAGAAAAGGAGCUGCCCCAGUGGAAAGAUUCAGACCCUGUGAUGGCUGGAAUCAGUGAGGAGAUUGCACAUUUCCAAAAGGAGAUGGAAGAGCUAAAAGCCCGAACUUCCAAAGCCUGUUUCCAAGUUGGCACCGCUGAGGAGAUGAAGAUGCUGCGGACAGAAUCAGAGGAGUUACACACCUUUCUCCUGGAGAUUAAAGAGACAACAGAGUCUCUUCAUGGAGAUAUUAGCACCCUGAAGACCACCUUACUGGAGGGUUUUGCAGGGGUUGAAGAGGCAAGAGAACAGAAUGAAAGAAAUCAUGACUCUGGAUAUCUUCAUUUACUCUAUAAGAGACCACUGGAUCCUAAGAGUGAAGCCCAGCUUCAGGAAAUUCGGCGUCUUCAUCAGUAUGUUAAGUUUGCUGUCCAAGAUGUGAAUGAUGUUCUAGACCUGGAGUGGGACAGAUAUCUGGAAGAGAAGAAGAAGCAAAAGCGCUUGCUUGUUCCAGAGCGAGAGACACUAUUUAACACUCUUGCCAACAACCGGGAAAUAAUCAACCAGCAGAGGAAGAGGUUGAAUCACCUGGUGAACAGUUUACAGCAGCUCCGACUUUAUAACCAAACCUCUCAGUGGAGCAUACCCAAUGAGAGCCCUUCUCAGAGCAGCACUCAGAGCUUUGACAGUGACCUUGAAAGCCUGCGCAGUGCUUUAAUGAAAACCACCAUUGAAUCUCACACCAAGCCACUACCCAAAAUACCAGCUAAACUGUCCCCUGUGAAACAGGCACAGCUGAGGAAUUUUUUGGCCAAAAGGAAGACUCCACCAAUAAGAUCCACUGCACCAGCCAGUCUCUCCCGAUCGGCCUUCCUGUCUCAGAGAUAUUAUGAAGAUUUGGAUGAAGUGAGCUCCACGUCUUCCAUUUCCCAAUCUCUAGAGAAUGAUGAGCGACAGAUUUUAUACAGAGAUGAAGAUGUGAUAAUCCGAAGCCCUCGACAUGCCCCAGUGGUUCGCACGUCUUCUAUCCAGCCCACCCUCUUGCCUCAGGCUCCUCCUUUCACAAAAACUCAUCAGCCACUCAUCUCUUCUCCUAGUCUGGUAGGAGGUUUAAUGUCUACAUCUACCAGCAAAAUUGUUCCACAAGGGGCCGACAGCACGAUGCUUGCUACCAAAACUGUGAAACAUGGGGCACCAAGUCCCUCUGUCACCAUCUCAGCCCCCCAAGCAGCUGCUGCCGCUGCCCUGAGACGACAAAUGGCCAUUCAGGUUCCAGCUGUGAACACCUCCUUGACGGAAUCAACUCUGAAGAAUGUCCCUCAAGUAGUCAAUGUGCAGGAAUUGACAAACAGUUCCCCAAUUCCCACUGCAGCAUUAGGGUCAUCAGCACCACAGUCAGCAGCCAAAACGUCCCUCCACUUGUUUGCUACGGUGGCUGCCAGUCAACCUAAGCAGGGGUCUCUCAUAAAUUCCAUCAAGACACAGUCUCCACCUGGCCCUACACAAAUACCAGCAAUAGUCACAUCUGGCCAGCCGUCAGCCGGUGACAAAGUCUCAGGGUCAGGGACAACCAAGAUGGAAACAACUGUGACUUCGACUUCAUCAGCACCUGGACAGUUCAACAAGCCAUUUUCAUUCUCUUCGUCAGGAACUGGCUUUAAUUUUGGAGCAAUAACAUCAGCACCACCUUCUAACUUCACUGUCUCACAAGUGACACCGGCAGCAGCUAAAGAGCCAAACCUAUACGAUACAUUCUCAUUUAAUUCGGGGAUCUUGCAAACAGCCAGCACCACUGGAGCAGCAUUCAGCUCUUCUGGAGAUGUGGUCCCAUCUAACAAACCAGCAGCACCGGCGGUGGCUGUGGCAGCCACUUCUGCAACAUCUAACAAGCCCGAGGUGCCUCCCCUAAAGCUGGGCGAGCAUCUGUUUCCAAAUUCCUUGGCUGGAGAAACAUUAGGGAGUUUCUCAGGACUGAGGGUUGGCCAGGCAGAUGAUAAUUCAAAAACCCUCAGUAAGACUUCAUCCAUAAACUUACCUGCUAUACAGCCUGUCAAGAUAUCAACCAUAACUUCGGAUUUCAGCUUCAGCAGCUCUCCCCUCCUAGGGAAACCCACAGAGGCUCCUGUUACCUCAGCUGUGACCACCACCACGACAGUAACCGCAUCAGCCAGCACUGGCCCGAGUAUCUCCGUGGGUAGUUUAUUUGGUGGCCUCCAGCUCCCCAGCUCAGGAGCCUCAGGAGGUCUGAAUCUUGGUGCGACCUCUUUGAGUGGCAGCAAGUCCACCUUUUCAUUUGGACAGACUGGCAGUGCAAUACCCCUACCUUCAGCAGCACCUGCUCCAACUACCGCUCCCCCUGCUGCCCUCCCUGUGUCAGCAUCCCCAUUGUCAUUCGGUAAUCUCUUGAGUACCCCCUCUGCUCCUGUCCUUCCUGGGUCCCCUGGCAAAAGCACGGGAGAUGCCCCCAAGUCAUUGGCAUCAUUGUCAGAGAAGCCAGGGGAUAGUGAGGUGCCGGCCUCCUCCAUCCCUGCUCCUGCAGACCAGCAGCCACAGCCGUCUGACCAGCCUCCGGCCCCAGGGCCACCUCUGGAGAUGGUUAAAAAGGAGCCCACCCUCCUGUCCCCUGUGGUAGGGGACUCCAGUGCCUCUGCAGCCAGUGCAGCUAGUCCUGGCCCAGCGGCACCUUCCACGGAAGCCAGUGGGGCAACCGUAGAUGUUCCUGAGGCCAAAGAGAAGGCCGAGGCCUCUUCUGGGUCCACCUUGUCAAUGCCUGAACAAAGUGCAGUGACAGCAGCCUCUGUCUCAAGUGUGACCCAGGGGGCUGUGGGACCUCCCGGUGCUCCACCCCCCUCUAGCAGUGUGGCUUCUCUGGCCCCAAGCCCAGCUGGAUUUGGGGCUGCCUCUGCGGGAGCACCUGUGUUCCCACCACCUCCUACCACCAGCUCCACUGGUUCUGCUUUCAGCCAGCCAGCCAGUGACCCCACCCCUGCCCCUUCUGCUGCCUCCAUGUUUGGACAGUUGGCGGCCACCUCGGCACCUUCCCUGUUUGGGCAGCAGACAGGCAGUACUGCCACUGCAACAACAGCCACGCCCCAGGUUUCCACCCCAGGAUUUGGGAGUCCAGCCUUUGGUGCCCCUCCCACUGGGGGCUUUGGGCAAGCGGCCUUUGGACAGGCACCUGCCUUUGGACAGGCUGCAAGUAGCUCUGCAAGUGGGUUUUCAUUCAAUCAGUCCAGUUUUGGCUCAGUACCUGCCUUUGGGCAGCCUGCCUCGUCUACUACGGCAGUCAGCAGCGGGAAUGUGUUUGGCGCUUCUUCCAGCACCAAUAGUGCUAGUUCCUUCUCUUUUGGACAGUCUUCUGCCAGUACUGGUGGCAGUCUUUUUGGGCAGAGCAACCCUCCAGCCUUUGGGCAGAGCACAGGCUUUGGCCAAGGAGGCUCCGUGUUUGGUGGUGCUGCAGCCGCCACGACUGCCUCGUCGUCCUCUGGCUUCAGCUUUUGCCAGGCUUCAGGCUUUGGUUCCAGCAAUACAGGUUCUGUGUUUGGUCAGGCAGCAGGGACCGGAGGCACAGUCUUUGGCCAGCAGUCAUCUUCUUCCAGUGGAGGCUUGUUUGGGUCUGGAAGCACUGGAAGAGGUGGGGGUUUCUUCAGUGGCCUUGGAGGAAAACCCAGCCAGGAUGCCGCCAACAAAAACCCAUUCAGCUCAGCCAGCGGGGGAUUUGGAGCUGCAGCCACCCCAAAUACAUCUAACCUUUUUGGAAACAGUGGGGCGAAGACCUUCGGUGGAUUCUCUGGUUCAUCAUUUGGAGAUCAAAAGCCUGCAGGCACAUUCAGUUCUGGAGGAGGGAGUGUAGCAGCACAAGGCUUUGGAUUCUCUAGUCCAACCAAAGCAGGUGGCUUUGGUGCUGCUCCAGUGUUUGGCAGCCCUCCUACUUUUGGGGGAUCCCCUGGGUUUGGAGGGGUGCCAGCAUUCGGUUCAGCCCCAGCCUUUACAAGCCCUCUGGGCUCUACGGGAGGCAAAGUGUUCGGAGAGGGGACCGCAGCUGCCAGCGCUGGAGGAUUUGGGUUUGGCAGCAGUAGCAAUACUACGUCAUUUGGCACCCUGGCAAGUCAGAAUGCACCCACCUUUGGGUCAUUGUCCCAACAGACUCCUGGUUUUGGGACACAAGGCAGUGGAUUCUCUGGUUUUGGAUCAAGUGGAGGAGGGUUUGGCUUUGGAUCAUCCAGCACGUCGACCCCAGGAUUUGGUGGAUGGAGAAGCUGAAGAGAUCCUGUCGUUCCUUUCCAUUCCUGAGAUUGACUGCAUGCUCACCUCCUCAGACACAAAUCUUGUACCAGCCUUGCACAUGCUCUCUCUUUUUUCAAACUGAAAAUGCUGAACAUUUAUUUUUUUUUUCUCUCUCUCUAUUAAACUCUUUGGCCUCUUUCUGCACAGAAUGAGUGAGGGUAUUUUCAGUCUACAGUCAGGAAAAAAGGUUUCUGCUGUCCUGUGGACCUGAGAAAUUCACCCAGCCUUUGGUCAACUUGAGGGAUAACCAUGCGUGACCUUCUUAGUAGCGGUGAAAGUAAGAGAAAUAGGAUAUUUACAUAUAAAGUAUUAGAUAGGAGCUGGUUUUUGUCUUGUUUUUAAUUAAAUUUAAUUUUUUAGAACAUGUCUUGGUCUCUCCUCUCUGUGCCCUCCCAACUAGUGCUCCCAGGGUACUACUUCACGUUGAAAGGAGAAACUCACUUUUAAUUAAAAAUAAACACCAGGACAGAUGCAAUUGCAACAGCACCUUUAAAUAAUGUUAGGGGAAGCAAACUUGGCUCAUCUGCCUCUCCUAGGUGAAACAUCAUAUUAAUAUGCCUAGUCGUACUUCACUUUUUACUUGGUUUAUGUAUCUGAAAUCCUCAGAGAGAGUUCCAGACCUCAUAUCUCUUUUUUCCUCCUAUCCUAGCCUCAUUAGAUUUUUUUCUCCCACUUGGCUGUUGACGUCCCUAACAAACUUGUAGUAAGUGGUUCCCGUUUUCUGAUGGUCAGUCAUUCCCUAGAGAUUUGUGUCAAGUUAGAUGUUAGGGGAACAUGGAGAAUUAAAACUUGUUUCAUUGAGAAACUUAUAGUGUUGCUUUUUGAAGAAGGACUGUGACCCAUUUGCAUUACAUUGUUGACCUUCAGCAGUCUCUGGUGGGCCCAGGCAGGAUCUGGGAUACUGUGUGUUCCAUUCCUAUCUCUUCCUCAACUUGGAGGAACCAGUGAGUUGAAAGGCCAGUCUUUAUCUCAGUGAUUCAGUGACCUUGGUAGCUGCUCCUAACAAACCCUCAACACCACUGUGCCAGAUGGGUGUCCUUGGAUAGAUAAACUUGAAUUGAGAAUACUGGGGGACCUCACAUAUAUUAACUGCUCCAUCUAUAGAACUGGGGAGCUGAAAUGGACAAAGGUAGUAAGAGUAGCCCUUUCUUAGCACUCCCUCACAACAGGCCUCAGAGGAAGCCCAGUGCAGUCAUGACUGUGAUCUCCAAGUUCCUUUCCAGAUCCAACAGUUAUUCUAUGAACAGGAACCUAUUUGUGCUGUAGGGUUGUAUCUGAUGGUGUCUUAGGUCAUAAUUUUAUUUUUAUGAAGGGGUUUGUUUCCCACACUAGAAUAUCUUUCAGGCCUGGAUAUUUUCAUUUCAAGUUUCCCAGGCCUUUAGACAUGUGCUGUUUUACCAGACUCCUCCAGGGUAGUUUGUUGUGGGGAGGGGAUGAGUAAAAAAGAGUGUCAAGAGAUGCCGAAGGGAAAGGGGUGAAGAAGCUUCCCUGGGGGCACUCAGUCUGAGAAAGUUGUACCAUUAGGCUAGAGAAAAAGAAAUCCUUUAGAGUGUUACAUGUUGGUGGAAAACUUUUAAAGUGUAUAAAUAAAAAUUUUAUAUGACAUUAA